GGCGGGGAGAGCGUGCGUAACGGACCAGAGGCGGGUCGCGGCGUUUGCGCGGUCGGCAGAGGGGGUGCACAGCGUGGAGGGGGAGCCAAGGUGCAUGUGUAACGAACCGGGCGCACUGUUUGUACGUCAGCGUGGGUGGCAGGCGCAUGCGUAGCAGGCCGAGGCUGUGAGCGUACUGAAGCUUAUGUGCCGCGGUGAGCUCAGGCGGUAGGGAGGGACGCGGCCAGUGCGAGAGGCCAGACGCGUCCGUGACGUCAGGCCUGGAAUAACUGGCGGCGAGGCCAGGUGUCCAGCGCAUCUUGCUGGGGAAGUGUGGGUGAUGUGCGCCUCAGGUUGCUUACUAGCAGAGUCGUGGUUCUCCAUUGGUUGCUACUGCCUUUGUGACGGGAUCACUUUCUCCCAUCGAACCUUCUAGUUGCUUGUUGCAGCCAAGAUGGAGUAAGAGGGAGUGGAUUAACCUUCCUGAUUGAACAACAGCAACAGUGAAACAGACAAAAUACAGGAAACUAAUUGCUUAAGACCUUGGAUAUCAAGCAACAAAUGACAGUGAUUUCUGAGAGAUGAGAAACCGAUGAGAGUCUUACUCCGUUGCCCUCGGUAGAGUGCCGUGGCAUCACAGCUCACAGCAAUCUCCAGCUCCUGGGCCUAGGCGAUUCUCCUGCCCCAGCCUCCCAAGCAGCCGGGACCACAGGUGCCUGCCACAACACCCAGCCACCCUUUUGCUGCAGUUUGGCCAGUGCCGGUCCUGAACCCACCACCCUCGUUUUGCCUUCUUAGUACUCUCCUGUUUGUCAAGAAGUUACCAUCAAGAACAAGGAGAGCAUGGAAGCCAAGUUACUAACUGCCUGGUCCCAGACACUGGUGACUUUUGAGGAUGUACUUGUGGACUUCACCAGAGAGGAAUGGAAGCUGCUAGAUGCCACUCAGCAGAUCAUGUACAAAGAUGUAAUGUUGGAAAACUAUAAGAACCUCCUUUCUUUGGGACAUCAGCUUCCUAAGCCAGAUGUGAUCCUCCAAUUGGAGAAAGGGGAAGAGCCUUUGCUGGUGGAGAGAGGGAUUCACCAAGAGACCCAUCCAGAUUUGGAGACUACAAUUGAAAUUAAAUCAUCAGUUUCUGGUAAGAGCAUUUCUAAAGAUAAGCAAUCCUAUGACGUUAAAAAGGAAGUAAUAGCAAAGAAUGAUCUCUGGUAUUUAUCAUUACAAGAAGUCUGGAAAUGUAAAGACCAGUUUGACAAGUAUCAGGAAAACCAAGAGAGACAUUUGAGGCAAGUGACAAUCACCCAAAAGAAAUUACUUCCUCAGGAGAGAGUCUUUGGAAGUGGCAAAUAUGGGGGGAAUUGUCUUCUUCCUGCUCAGCUAGUAUUGAGAGAGUAUUUCCACAAACGUGGCUCACAUACUAAAAGUUUAAAACAUAAUUUAAUUCUGAGUGAUCAUCAAGAAAGCUGUGCAAACAACAGUGAUGAAUGUGGUCAAACCUUCUGUCAGAACAUUCACCUUAUUCAAUAUUCAAGAACUCACAUGGGAAAUAAAUCCUUUAGCUGCCCUGAUAAUGGCAACUCUCUUACUCAUGGUACGUCCCUUGGUAUAUCAAAGGGCAUACACAGAGAGAAACCCUAUGAAUGUAAGGAAUGUGGAAAAUUUUUCAGCUGGCGUUCUAAUCUUACUAGGCACCAGCUUAUUCAUACUGGAGAGAAACCCUAUGAAUGUAAAGAAUGUGGAAAAUCUUUCAGCCGGAGUUCUCACCUCAUUGGACAUCAGAAGACUCAUACUGGUGAGGAGCCCUAUGAAUGUAAAGAAUGUGGAAAAUCCUUCAGCUGGUUUUCUCAUCUUGUUACCCAUCAGAGAACUCAUACAGGAGACAAACUGUACACAUGCAAUCAGUGUGGGAAAUCUUUUGUUCAUAGUUCCAGGCUUAUAAGACACCAGCGAACUCAUACUGGAGAGAAGCCUUAUGAGUGUCCUGAAUGUGGGAAAUCUUUCAGGCAGAGCACACAUCUCAUUCUGCAUCAGAGAACUCAUGUUAGAGUGAGGCCCUAUGAAUGUAAUGAAUGUGGGAAGUCUUAUAGCCAAAAAUCUCACCUUGUUGUGCAUCAUAGAAUUCACACUGGACUGAAACCUUUUGAGUGUAAAGAUUGUGGAAAAUGCUUUAGUCGGAGCUCUCACCUUUACUCACAUCAAAGAACCCACACUGGAGAGAAACCAUAUGAGUGUCAUGAUUGUGGAAAAUCCUUCAGCCAGAGUUCUGCCCUUAUUGUGCAUCAGAGAAUACAUACUGGAGAGAAACCAUAUGAAUGUUGCCAGUGUGGGAAAGCCUUCAUCCGUAAGAAUGACCUCAUUAAGCAUCAGAGAAUUCAUAUUGGAGAAGAGGCCUAUAAAUGUAAUCAAUGUGACAUUAUUUUCAGCCAGAGCUCUCCGUUGAUAAUCCAUCAGAUAGCUCACACUGGAGAGCAGUUCGUAACAUGUAAUCAGUGUGGGACAGCACUUGUUAAUAGCUCUAACCUUAUUACAUACCAGACAAGUCAUAUUAGAGAAAACACUUACUAGUGUAAUGAGUAUGGAAAAUUCAUCACAAAGA